UCUUCCUGGUUUUGAAACAGAAAUAGUCACACCUGGAUUGAAAAAAAUGCUAUAGCCUAUUCACAGAAAACGCCAUCACGUUAACGCAAAGAUGAAAAUUUUGAUAUGUGGUGGAGGAAAUGGUGCACACUGUUUUACAGCUCUAGCUUCAGCUUGUCAAAAUGUUGAGGUCAACGUUCUUACCAUAUAUAAAGACGAAGCAGAAAGGUGGACAGAUGCACUGAAAAGUAGUGAAUUGAUAGUUUCUAUAUCAAAACCAGAUGGGUCGGUAACAGAAACACAUUCCAAACCAUCAUUGGUAACAAAGGAUCCUCAAGUUGCUGUGGAUGGAGUACAAAUUAUUUUUAUCGUCGUCCCCGCUUACGUUCAUCAGUUCUAUCUCCAAGUGCUUUCCCCGUAUAUCAAACCAAAUACACUAAUAGUAGGACUUCCGGGUCAUGCAGGGUUCGAGCUGCAAUGUUUACAUAUGUUACAUAGCGAAUCAAGGAAAUGCGCAAUUGUUGGCUUCGAAUCUCUUCCCUGGGCAUGCCGGAUAAUUGAAUAUGGUAAAAGGGUUCAACUACUUGGCUUCAAAGACAUUCUUCAUGCUUCCUUCUUACUUGGAACAAAUUGUAAUCUACAGUUUCCGGCUAUUGAAACAAUACAAAGUAUCCUUGGUCCUAAACCAAGUAUCAAGGUAGCCGCUAAUGUUCUUGCAGUUGCAUUAAUGACAGGUUCGAUAAUGCAUCCACCAAUAAUGUAUGGUAAAUGGAAGAACUGGGAUAAAACUCCACUGGACGUAAAACCUUUGUUUUAUCAAGGUGUGGACGAAGAACAGGCAAAUAUUGCCACAAAUUUAAGCGAUGAGGUUGUGAAAACAGCAAAACAAAUUCAGGAGAAGUGUCCCGAUCUUGAUAUGUCUGAUGUAGUACAUCUAUCUGAUUGGUUUAAAGCACACUACCAAGAUGGGAUUGCUGAUAAUAGUUCCUUGAUGAUGUCAAUGAGAACAAAUAGAGCAUAUGAAGGAUUAGAACAUCCAAUGAAAGCCCUGGACAAUGGAUAUGUUCCUGAUUUCGCAUAUCGUUACACGACCGAAGAUGUUCCAUUUGGUCUUGUUGUAUUGAAAGGAUUAGCUGUAAUUGCAGGUGUAGCUACGCCUACAAUGGACAAGAUUAUUCAGUGGGCGCAAAGCAUUAUGGGAAAAGAAUAUAUCAUUGGAACAGAUCUUGUUGGAAAAGAUGUUAAGUUUUCGAGAGCCCCACAGUCAUUUGGCCUCAACACUCUUGAACAAGUGCAAGCCUUUAUCAAUUCUCAUAUAUGUGUAAAUGCUUGAACUUAAAGUAAUAGGCAUCAUGAAUUUUGAUUCUGCAGUGAAAAUGUAUACCGACUUUGAAGUUGCGCAGACAUUUAUUAGUAACGGAGGACAGACGCUGGGUAGUUUUCAUUAUCAGUUUAUAUAAAGUACGGAAAUACCAUUUUUACUGUAUAUGCCAUAUACUAGUUUCUAAUGAUAAAUAAACAGACGAAAUAUUUAUGACUUUGGAAUAAAAUAAUAAAUAAUAUAUCAAAUG